ACGCCUCUCUUACAAGUUCUCACUCAGGUCGGGUAAAGUGCUAUAUAAACGUUGCUCUUACAGUCGCUCAUCACAUUUUUCUCCGUUUCGCUCAGACGAUUUUGCUGGUCGUUUUUGUCAUGUCUGGUCGUGGAAAAGGCGGGAAGGGUCUCGGGAAAGGAGGCGCCAAGAGGCACCGGAAAGUGCUCCGCGAUAACAUCCAAGGCAUCACCAAACCUGCUAUACGCCGCCUGGCUCGCCGUGGAGGUGUGAAACGUAUUUCGGGCUUGAUUUACGAAGAGACUCGCGGUGUACUGAAGGUCUUCUUGGAGAACGUUAUUCGAGAUGCUGUGACCUACACCGAGCACGCGAAGCGAAAGACUGUAACUGCUAUGGAUGUUGUUUAUGCCUUGAAACGCCAAGGUCGUACUCUGUACGGUUUUGGUGGAUAAAGUUUAUAGAAUUCAUCUUUAUUUGUUGAUCUAAAAGGCCCUUAUCAGGGCCACCCACACAUUCCUAAAAAGAGCUGUGUUCGCUUGUGAAUACAAGUGUAAAUGUUGAAUGUGUUCGCGUGUGGGGUUUACAUUGUAUGUAAAAGUACUGGAAGGAAAACUAGGAGAAGAGAAGUCUGGUGUUGGGAAACUCCUUCAUUGUAAUCUUUAAAAAAUUGAUACAAGCUCUUUGAAAGAAAGUGGCACCAUGUGAAACUGUUAAAAUGUAAAUGUUUGGUCCAUUCAUGUAUCUCGUUUAAGAAAACAAAAUAGCUCCUUUAAAAAUUGACCCGUUUCCAGGAAACUGUAACAACAAAAAGCUUUAUCAAAGCUCCCUGCUGGCCUACAACUCUGAAAAGAAACAUGAAUUGGGGGGUGGCUGUUUAUGCUGGUUCUCAUUUCACACCGUCUUUUCAAUAGCCUCUUCCCCCCCCCCCCCUUAUUUCUGACAUUGAAAGUAAUUGCUCUCAUAUUUUCUAACCGGUAGUAUUAUCUCUUGUCCUACUCACCCCCCCUCCCCUUUACACUGCUAAUAGAGGAAAAGUGGAAGGAUCUAUUGAACACGUUGGGGUGUUCUGCCAAUCACAAUGCAGCCUGGGAUGUUUCAAUUCAUGGCAAAAUGGUGACACAUGAAGGCUCACAAUUUCUAUUGUUCUUUCUCCCACUUCUUGAUUAUGAAUCCCAAGGUUAAGCUUGAUGGGAAACCUGUCUAAAGUGGCCAAAAGGUUUUAUAAAUGAGCAUAUUCACCUCACCUAUCAACUCGGUUUGAUUACGUAUAAUUUACCCAAUCUAUAUAAAUAAAAAUGUAAAUAUUUGUUUGUUCAAAAUCUUAAAUCUCUGAAAGUUCUUCACCGAUUGCUUUGAAAUUUUGACACAAUGUUGCAUUCGAAUAUGCAUGUGUUUUUAUAUACCUAUAUUAUAUAGAUGUCACACCUGUGACAGGUAAAAACAUGCUUUUUUGAAAAACAGCGCCAUCUGUUCGAUGUAAAAGCAAUACACGCUACAAUUUCAGACAAUAUAUCUGCACAGACAAUGGAACAACAAAAAAUAUUGUAUACCCACAAGCAUUGUGAAAUUAAACAUAUUA